AUGAAUGGAGCUAAGCGAUCUGUCGAAGCUUUGGAAUGUAAAAAUGCAUUGGUAGGAGAGCGUUCCGCCUUAGAAGGAAGCACCUGCGCGAGCGACGGUGGACGAAGUGGAAGCGAGAAUGUCGGCUUGAGUAACGCAAACAUUGGUGAGAAUCCAAUGCCCCGAAAACCUAAGGGUUCCUACGCAAGGUUCGUCCACGUAGGGUGA